AUGAAUCCUACCAGCUGUUCUUAUCUUCUUUCUUUCUUUCUUUCUUUCUUUUCUUUCUUUCUUUCUUUCUUUCUUUCUUUCUUUCCCAAAAUGAAUCCUACCAGCUGCUCUUAUCUUCUUUCUUUCUUUCUUUCUUUCUUUCUUUCUUUCUUUCUUUCUUUCUUUCCCAAAAUGAAUCCUACCAGCUGCUCUUAUCUUCUUUCUUUCUUUCUUUCUUUCUUUCUUUCUUUCUUUCUUUCUUUCUUUCCCAAAAUGAAUCCUAUCCAGCUGCUCUUAUCUUCUUUUUUCUUUCUUUCUUUCUUUCUUUUUUCUUUCUUUCUUUCUUUCUUUCCCAAAAUGAAUCCUACCAGCUAUUUCUUAAUCUUCUUUCUUUCUUUCUUUCUUUCUUUCUUUCUUUCUUUCUUUCUUUCCCAAAAUGAAUCCUACCAGCUGCUCUUAUCUUCUUUCUUUCUUUCUUUCUUUCUUUCUUUCUUUCUUUCUUUCUUUCUUUCUUUCUUUCUUUCUUUCCUAAAAAAUGAAUCCUACCAGCUGCUCUUAUCUUCUUUCUUUCUUUUCUUUCUUUUUUCUUUCUUUCUUUUCAAAUGA